AAAUAAGAGUGACUCGAUAUUCGUUUGUUGGCCCGUGGUUAUGUGUGUGUGUGAGAGAGAGCAGCAGGAGGAAGACUGGUGGCUUUCUUUAGAGCUGACGGGGACAGACAGAAAACAAUAACGAAUACGUGGUCAUACCCGAUUCACUCUGCUGCUGACUCGCGCCGGUCAAUAAAAGUUCACUUUUGGGAGACGUAAAAAUGGGGAUUCGCAAAAAGACCAACAAGAACCCGCCGGUGUUGAGCCACGAGUUUAUCAUCCAGAACCAUGCAGAUAUUGUGUCCUGUGUUGCUAUGGUGUUCCUCCUCGGGUUGAUGUUUGAGGUCACCUCGAAGGUUGCAGUGCUGUUCAUCACUGUCCAAUACAACGUUACCAUCUCUGAAAACGAGGGCCUGCCAGAGGAGAGUGUGGUGAACCACUUCCACCACGGUCUGAAGGAUGUGGCUACGGUCUUCUUCUACAUGCUGGUGGCCAUCAUUAUCCACGCCAUCAUUCAGGAGUAUGUUCUGGACAAAAUCAACCGGAAGAUGCACUUCUCUAAGACCAAGCACAGCAAGUUCAACGAGUCAGGCCAGCUCUCUGCCUUCUACCUGUUCUCCUUCGGAUGGGGAACCAACAUCCUCAUGUCGGAGAACUUCCUGUCCAACCCAGUGAAUCUGUGGGAAGGCUACCCCCAUACCUUGAUGCCGUUUCAGAUGAAGUUCUUUUUCAUCUGUCAGAUGGGCUACUGGCUUCACGCUCUGCCCGAGCUCUACUUUCAGAAGACCAAGAAGGAGGAUAUUCCUCGUCAGCUGGUGUAUAUCGCUCUGUACUUGGUCCACAUCGCAGGAGCCUACAUCCUCAAUCUGAAUCGUCUGGCUCUGGUCCUGCUGGUGCUGCACUGCUUCGUAGAGCUUCUCUUCCACGUGUCCCGCCUGGUCUACUUCAGCAACGAGAAGAGACAGACUGGGUUUACUGUCUGGGCAGUACUGUUUGUUCUUGGACGGCUGCUCACCCUGUCCCUGUCUGUCCUGACUGUGGGUUUCGGCCUGGCCAACGCUGAUCAACAGGUACUAGACCUGGCUAUCGGAAACUUCAACGUGCUCUUUGUUCGGAUCACUGUGCUGGCGACCAUCUGUGUGACUCAGGCCUUCAUGAUGUGGAAGUUCAUCAACUUCCAGCUGAGGAGGUGGAGAGAGCAGGCCCAGGCCCAGCCCGUGAAACCCAAGAAGCCCCAAGCUCCCAAGAGCAAGUCCAAGAAAGACAAAGCCAAUGGACUGAACGGAGUAAGUUCCAACGGAGCUGAUUCGCCGAGAUCAAAGAAAGAGAAGUCCUCGUAAAAUCCCCUCCAACCCCUACCCACCCCAAAAA